UGAUAUGACCAAUUUAUAGAUUUAUUCUCCCUGACCGAAAAACAUGAAGAGUAAGUAAGUGAUGCCGGGUGCAAGUGCAUUGCGGCGUGCUUUUGUGUCCUUAGCAGAAUUCAAGCGGAUUGUCCGAGGCAUGGGCUUCGCGCGGGCAAGGCAUCUCCAAGAGUGGCUGCGAUCUCCAGAGUGCCCUUCGGGCCUUCCAAAAUCCCCGCACACUGUCUAUGCAAAGGACGGCUGGGUUUCUUACUUGGAGGCCCUCGACCUGCCGAGAACUCAGCAUGAGGCCAUAGGUGCAACUGCACUAGCAAGGAUACUGGCCGAUCCCAACCGAAGCUUGAGCAGAAAUUAUGGUAAGAAUGCGCGUGCUGACGUUGCUAUCACCUGGGCACAGAGACUUCUAGCUGAGUGUGGUUACGAGACAAAGAGGCUUCCGCGACAGUUGCAAGGGAGCUUACUGCUGCGAGAGAAAAACGGAAGUUCGGACGUGACGGAAGAGCAGCAUUCGAGCAGCAGUACUGGGAGAAACUGGUGGGCGUUACAGGUGCGCAGCAUUCAUAGCACAGAAUCGAGAACAACGUCACUGGCUUUUGCUCAUAAUGAUAUUACUGCGGACGUCGCCAUACUCGUAGCCAAUCCAGAAGCCCAGCGAGUCAAAAUCUUCGAUUUGGCGUCUGUUAAGGUGCGACAGGUGCGGCCGCCUUCCGGACGAGUGCGGUGUUGCAUCUCGAUGCCGGAUCUCUCGUGCAUCAAAGAGGAACAGGAACACAUUGCUUUUCAAGAAGCGCUGCGUGAAACUCUAAAACGCCUUCCAGCGAAGUCUCAGCGGUCUUGGCUAACCGAUUUGCCGGGAAGCGCGGGGGCCGUUAGAUGUCAAAAACUCUAUUUGCAACUCUGGGAGAAGGUGUUAGUUCCAUCUGGCUUUUCUGGCAAUGAAGAGUCUUCUUUGCCGCUAGCAGAAGGCAGUCUUUUCGUCAUUGCAGGCCGUAGAUGUCGGGUGCAUUCCUGCUUGGUCACAAAAGAGAGUAAAAAGUGUCCGAACCUGAAUUUCAAACGCGUACGUGUUGUGAACGGUCGUCGAGUUGUUCUUCCAUUGGGUUUGCUUGACGAUGCCGAAUUUGUACUGGCCCUCAUGUAUGACGACAGUGCAGCUCUCUUCGGUGUCUUUGUUUUUCCUCGACCAUGGCUAAUCAAGUGGGGAGGUUGUAAAGAGACUCUGACUGGUGGACAGACAGCUAUGGUCGUUUAUCCGCCAGGUCGAGACCACUUUCGUCCUGCAAGACGUGCACAGGUUGACGAACAGCGGCAAUUCUAUCUUGACUUGAGCACCGAGAUACUCCAAGGUGAGGCUGAAAAGGAAACAGAUGAGGAAAUCUUCAACACUAGCUGUGCUUCGCCUUCUGUAAUCGCGAAGUUUCGAAGCAUCAUUUUAGGCAAUCACGAAAUUAUACAAAAAAGUAACGAAAUUCAAGAUGAAAGUGAGUCGCUGGAGUCAGCAAAGGCAGAAGGGCCUGCGCCCUAGCAUCAAUAUUUCCUUUCUAACAUUAAUUUCUGUUUCGACUGCAGCGCCAGGACUUGUUUACACAUCAAAAAUGAAUG